CUCUCUCUCUCUCUCUCUAGAUCGCGCAGCUUUAUUCUGCACCAUGGACCAUGAGCAGGAGAAGAAAAUCAUCGACUGUUUCAGAAACCGACUGAAACAGCUGAUUCGGGUCGCCCCUGUUCUGGAUGUGCUACACUUCCUUAGCGAUGAGCAAAAGGAGCUGAUAAAAGUCAAAUUACGGAAUGAAGGCGAAAUAAAGGCCGCCGACCUUCUCAUCCAGGAAAUUAUAAGUAAAACGUAUCCAGAUGGCUGGUUCAGGGAACUCAUAACUGCACUUGAACAGGCCGGAUGUAAACAAGCAGCUAACUAUAUGGAAAACAGUCCUCCCAGUCCGUCCAUAGAGACUGAGAAUGACACCUACACCAGGCUGAUAGACCUGCUAAAUUUCACUCUAAUCAACAUGAAGACCACUGAUGUGUGUCACAGCUGUUAUGAGCGGAAAAUUCUCACCGCCGAGGAUCGGGAGAUUAUUUUAGCAGUGACAGAAAAUCACGGGAACAGGGCUGGGGCUCGUAUGCUGUUGUCUCAGCUGCCAAAAAAUGAGUUCGGCUGGUUCUCUCAGUUCUUGGAUGCUUUAAGGGAGACAGAACAUACCAGGCUGGUGCAGGAAUUACAGGGAGAACCUUGCUUGCAGACUGAAUCAUCAGCUGGUGUUGACCAACCAGAACCUCUAAAGGAUGAGAGUGAUUUGACUACACAGACUGACACAAAGAUAGGGGAAGAGAUUUUGGAUAAACCUUCUUGCAGAUCUCUCUCUCCCCCUUCCAGUUUUGCUUCAGGCUCCUCUGCUCUGGCUGCACCGAUUGACAGCAGUAUGGACAACAGUGGCUUCCUUUCCUGUAUGGAUUCAUCUGCUGAGCUUAGCAUUGGAGGCACAGAUUUGGACUUGUAUGGAGGCAGUGAUGAGGAAAUGGAGCUCGAGCAAACAGCAGGGAGUUUGGAUCAAUCAGUGAACGAAAAAGAGAUUGUGCUGCGUGAUUAUCAGAAAGAUGUCGCUCAGCCUGCUCUGGAGGGAAAGAACAUCAUCAUCUGUCUCCCAACAGGAAGUGGUAAAACCCGAGUCGCAGUGUACAUCACCAAACAGCAUCUGGAGAGGAGAAAGCUAAGGGGACAGCCAGCAAAAGUUGUUGUUCUUGUUAACAAGGUGCCCCUGGUGGAGCAGCACUACAAAGCAGAGUUUGGGAAGUUUCUCAAGCACCAGUACUCUGUAGAGAGAGUGAGUGGAGACUCGCAGCUCAAAAUCUCCUUCCCACAAGUCAUUGAGAAGAAUGACAUCAUCAUCUGCACUGCACAAAUCCUGGAAAACUCUUUAGAUAAAGCCAAACAGGGUGACGAGGAUGGGAUCACGUUAUCACAAUUCACUUUGAUGGUAAUAGAUGAGUGCCACCACACACAAAAGGGCGGUGUGUAUAACCACAUCAUGAUCCGCUACCUGAAACAGAAGCACAAGAAUGCUAGGCUGCAAAAGGAACAGAAUGAUCCAGUGCCGCUGCCACAGAUCCUCGGACUCACUGCUUCACCCGGAGUUGGAGGAGCCAAGACUCAGCAGAAAGCUGAGGAGCACAUUCUCAGAAUUUGUGCUAACUUGGACGCCUAUACAAUAAAGACCAAAACUCUCGGAGAAGAGCCCAAGGGUCCAUACAAACGUAUUGCGAGUGCUCAGGAAAGAAAAGAGGAUCCCUUUGGAGAUGUGAUAAAAGGAAUCAUGAAUGAGAUUCACACACAUGCCAAGCUGAACCCACUGUGCCAACCAGGAACACAGAAUUAUGAGCAGUGGGUUGUGCAAAAAGAGCAGAAUGCUGCUAAAGAAGAUAAUCAGACAGUGCGAGUUUGUGCAGAGCAUCUGCGUCAGUACAAUGAGGCUCUCUACCAGAGCAACACCAUCCGCAUGUGUGAUGCCUUCAGCUUCCUUGACAAGUAUUACAAUGAAGAGAUCAAGAAGAAAUUUACUCCUGAUGAUGAGGCCAUCAUUCAGAUCACUGACACUGAACGAUUUCUAUUCAAAUUAUUUAAUGCUAAAAAAGAGCGUCUUCAGGAGCUGAUGAAAAACCCAGAGUAUGAGAAUAACAGUCUGGCUCAGCUGAGAACGCUUAUCUUGCAGGAGUACACCACCAGAACUGAAGCCAGAGGUAUCAUCUUCACCAAGACUCGACUCAGUGCCAUUGCUCUCAGCCAGUGGAUUCAGGGGAACUCAAAGUUUGAGGACGUUGGUGUCAGAGCAAGCCACCUGAUUGGUGGUGGAGAUCAGAGUGUGGUGAAACCAAUGACCGCAGCAGAGCAGAGGGAGGUGCUGAAGAAGUUUCGUGAUGGAGUGAUCAAUCUGCUGAUAGCCACCACUGUGGCAGAGGAGGGCCUUGAUAUUAAGGAGUGUAAUAUUGUCAUUCGAUACUGUUUGGUGACCAAUGAAAUAGCUAUGAUUCAGGCUCGAGGCAGAGGAAGAGCAGAGGACAGUAGUUACACAGUGGUGGAGGAGGCGGGAUCGGGUGUAGCUGAAAGGGAAAGUGUGAAUGAAUACAGGGAGAAAAUGAUGAGCAAAGCUAUUGCCAGGGUUUGCACUCUGAGUCGUGAAGAGUAUGAAAAGAAAAUAAAAGAGAACCAGCUGCAGUCAAUUGUGGAGGAGCGUGUGAAGACGAAAAAGAAGAAUAAGAUGGGCAUGAUGAAGGAGGACCCCAGCAAAGUGAAACUAAACUGCAGGAGCUGUGGUGUAUCUGUGUGCUCUGGUGUAGACAUUGAGAUCAUUGAGAGGAUGCACCAUGUCAAUGUGACUGAAGCAUUCAGAGAGUUGUUCACUGUCAAAGAGAACACGACCCUGCAGGAGAGACUACUGGACUAUGAGGCAAACGGAGUUAUAGCAUGUAAAAACUGUGGACAGCGUUGGGGCUCUUUGAUGCUUUAUAAAAGCAUCGAAUGCCCAUGCCUUCACAUCAAAAACUUUGUGGUGACAUACAACUCAAAGAAAAAGGUGUUUAGCAAGUGGAAUGAGCUGGCCAUCCGGUUCCCUGCAUUUGACUACGCUCACUAUGUGGUUACACACAACUCAGAUGACGAUGAGAUGGACUAAACCAGUGUAAAAAGCAAAACAGUGCUUAUCUCACUUUACUUACUGAGAACCAGUUGUGAACACACUGUACUGUACAUUGUGCCAUUGAUGCAUUAAGUUGUCAUAAAAAUACAUAUAAGAUAUACUGUUGUUCCUGCAUUGACACCAUGUAAAAAAUUGCCAGGACAUAGAGUCAUUUACACUGUAGAGUGUGAAAAGUCUCUUUUAGUUGCUCUAAAAAUGAUUCUAAUUAUAAUCAGUUUAAUCACCACAUUUUUAUGACUGCUCUGACUGCUUCCUUGAGAGUGGUGGUCAGGACUCCAACUCUGCCGUCACAAUCAAAAGGUCAAAAGAACAAACAUUCACUCUGAAGAGAGUUCUGAUUUGGACAAUGACGUCGGCAACAGCACUGAUUGGACAAUAAUUUAACACGUUGUGUUCGUCACUAGUGUGAAUUUUUUUCCUUUUUUUUUUGAACACAUUUAUUGGAUAAUUUAAGACAACAUGUGUUGAAAUACUAAUAACACAAAAAGGGUGUAGGACAUCUUUUCUGAGAGUAUAGAUAAUAUAUCUUUUUAUUUCAUAUGAAUUAUGCAGUUUCACUAAAAGCUCUUUAAAAAAUAUCUAAAUAUGUAAGUCAUUUCCAAUUUCUUUAAAAAUACAUGGUUCUUAAUCAUGUGGAAUAUAUAUUUUUUCUGUGAUACUUAAGUGAAUGAGAUAUUUAUCACUAUAAGCUCCAAAUGAACUGAACCAUUUUACACUGUAAACGUGUUUUUAUUUAAUCACUGUGUAAUGCUUGGGUCAUUUAUGCCUUCAGCAAUUGAAGCCAAAAGGAGCGGUCAAUUAUGUCUAGCCCAUGCAUGUUUUCUUGUUUUGCAAUUUUAGUGCAGCACAUUGGAUUUGAUAUUUAAGGGUCAUUCCAUCUAAAUUGUGUGAACCAUACAGGUGGUGUAUGACCCCAAAUUUGAUAUCACAUAUACAGUGCUAGAUUUGAGUAAAAAUGUCAUUUUCCAUUGACUUACACAUUGCAAUGUCCUUCUUUUGGGAAGGAAACGGCUUAUUCCCACUAAACAAAUAAAUGUCUGAUGUGUCACCUGGGUUUAAUUUAUUGCAUGAGCAAUCCAUAAUGAUGGGGCUUGGAUCAAAAUUUAUUGACUGCCAUAAAGUUCUCUGAGUGUGACGUACUAAUGGGAGAAUGUUACACACAACAGCACACACACACACACCACUGCACCUGUUCAGGCUCCCCCAGGAGGAAGCAGUUUCCCUGCGUACAAGCCUCACCAGAGAGCUCCUGUCAGAUCACUGCUGCCAUCAACUAGGACUUACACUGACAGCUGGACAGUGGACAGACUUUUCCCUCCUGUGCUGGCUCAG